AUGAAGCCCCGACGGGCUUUGGGCCGGCAUGUUCUUCCUCCCAAGAACUUGCCAGAUACAACUGCAGAUGACAUUGACAUUGAGGAAGAUGGAUUUAUUGGGUUGAAAGAAAGAACCAGCAAAAUCGAUCGCGAUGCGAGACUCGGCCCGGGUGCGAAACUCGGCCCAGGAGACUCUGAGCAUUUGUGGAUGCCUCUUCCGCCUGAUCUUCCAGUUCUUGACAAACGCCUUCCAACGCAAAUGGCUGCAUGGGAGGGUAAAUCGCUCAGCGAAGGCAAUGAGCGCGAGUGUCGCGAGAUUCGCACGGCGAUCAAUGCUCGUAAAAUCAUGAACAAUGAUAUCUCUGACCUUGACGAUGACUCUGACUGCCUCCCUUGGCUUAUCUGGUGGCCGGUUAGGCCUCAUGAGAACACUUUGCGUGAGCUGGCUGGCAAGUGUCCGUCCAUGAGACCCCAAAUUGCGAUCACCGCCAUAAUUUGUGACUACCAAUCGCUGUUCAGGUCGCUGAAGCCCCCUCCACGCGAGUCCUUCUUCGAGGCUGCCAACAGAGCAGAAACCCGUUCUACCUCCAAUGCCUAG